AUGAAUGGCAAAACUAUUCUUAUUACUGGUGGUGCUAGUGGUAUUGGAUAUGAAACAGCUAAAGAUCUGCUUCAACGAGGUGCACGUAUAAUACUUGUUGAUUAUAAUAUAGAAAAAGGUAAUCAAGCAGUAAAACAACUUAGUUUUGAAAUUGGAUAUAAUGAAAAAAAUAUUCGAUUUAUGGAAUGUGAUUUACGUUCUUUUGAAUCUGUUAGAAAAUUUGCUAAACUUUAUAUUGAAGAAGAAGAACGACUUGAUGUAUUAAUUUGUAAUGCUGGUAUUGCUUGGGCACCAAAUUUUCUUACUAAAAAUGGUUUUAAUACAGUUAUACAAGUAAAUUAUCUAAGUCAUUUUUUACUAACAAAUCUUCUUUUGGAUAAAUUAAAACAAUGUCGACCAAGUCGAAUUGUUUAUGUUGCAUCUGGUUCACAUAGAACUGUUCGAUCGAUUGAUUGGUCAGAUGCUUUUACACAAUUUAAGAAUUUUCGUUUAUGGGGUGCUUAUCCAGUAUCAAAAGCAUUUAUAUUAUUAUUUACCUAUAAACUCAAACAUGAUCUAUAUUCAAAUGAUGUUGAUGUUUUUGCAGUUAAUCCUAGUUGGGUAUGGACAUCAAUUCAUUCACCAAUGCGAGAAGCUAUUGGAUUUAUUCCAUUUAUUAUUUGUUUUCCGAUAUUAUAUAUGUUUAAAUUUAUCUUAGCUAAAACACCGAAAACAGGUGCACGAACAAGUAUUUUUUGUGCUGUUGAACCAUCUCUACAACAUUCUCAUGAAUUCUAUUUUGAAGAUUGUGCUGUUGAGACAGUUUCAUCUUUAUGUACAAAUCAUUCAUUGGCUAAUCAAUUAUGGAACUUAAGUUGUCAAGCAGUUAGAAUGUAA